GCAAUCAGAAAAGAAUUAAGAAAAGUCUAUCUCCCUAAACCCUAUUCGCUCCCAAUUCCUCUCAAUUUCUCCUCUAUCCAUAAUCCGGCCGUCGGCCAUUCUUUCUCGUUCUUCCCCAAAUUCUACUUCUUAAUCCCUAAUUCUAUUCUUCAAAUCCCUAAAUCCCCAAUUAUCAAUCCCGUUAGAAACUUUGUUUCUAACAUCUGGUAUCAGAGCCUGGUUCGAGAAUUGAGUUCACCACAACUCUCAACUGGGGACGAGUUCUACAACUGGUUCGAGGAUGAGCUCUUCAAAGCUCUCGAACCUGUCGUGGGCAGAGCUGCGUGACCGGGUUCACCGCAUCGGCCGUCGUUGGAGCUCCGAGGAGCUACCGACCGGGACUGCCACCACAGCAGAAGAGCAACUGUCGGUUGUGCAGGUUGACUUAGAGGGUGAAGUUGAGAGGCGAGCAGAGCAACCAGACGUGGAAGAGGUUUUGGCAAUCGAGCCGCCAGCCACGAAAGAGCUUCCAAACGUCACCAACAAACAGCAGCAGCUUCCGACAGCAUCGGUCACCACGACUGCGACUUCACUACCAACACUGUUUGCAGCGGUUGAACAAUCAUCCAAGGAUGCCGAUGGUACUUUCGCGGUCGUGAGUGAAGAAGAAGGUGAUCCUGCUUCUUCCAUCCUUGUUCCCGACAGUGAGAAGACCAACGCCUUGGAAGAAGAAACCCAAACCGAGGGUUUGGAGAGGAGACCAACGCCGCGUCAUGUAGCGAGCUGGCGGUCUCGGAAGAAGCCGAAGACGGACGAAGAGGAGUCCGGGGCCGCCACGUCGGCCAUCCCUACUACACCGAACGACAUGGGGGGCUCGCCCAUGUCGCCGCCAGCCACAGUCAAGGAGGUCUAUUCGUCAAUGGAAGCUGGGAUGGAAACGAAGAUGGCAUCGCCGGGUAACGACUCGAAGGAUUCGUCGGCGAACGAAGUGGACGAGGAUGGCUUUCUCCCUCUCCCGAGUGAGGGCGAGUUACAGUCAUCGUUGGAGAAGAAGCCGCUAGAAGACGAACCAUCGUCGGAGAAUGAGAUGGAUUCGGGUUUAGCUUUUCGCGGCCUGGUGUUCUCGUUGCCUCCGCGUGAGGACUCGAAGAAGGUGGGCGGCGCGCUCGGGGAUAAGAACUCGAAGACUAGACCGUUAUCGGGCUGGCAUUCGUGUCGUCUGGUGAGCUGCUCGCCGUCGGGAAUGAGGUCGGAGAUGGUUCUGCCGGCGAAGGAUGGGGAGGAAGGCGACGCGACAAGGAAUAAAAAGAAGGAAGAAGUGAUGGAGCUAGUGACAGCGGCCUGGCCGUGGAAGAGGACGGAGCUUCGAGUCUUGCUCGAAACGCGGCGAUCGACAGCUUCUUCCGUCAGGGCGAUGAACGAGGAAGAGACGAAGGUGGGGGCUGAUCUGGUGAGAGACUCACCAAAGGACACGGUGGCCACCCGUCGGGAUUCGUCGCCGGCAACUCACGGAGAGAUUGUACCGCUGCAAUCAACGCCGGCUCAAGCCUGGGUGUUAACCACCGAGAAGAUACCGUUGCCGGAGAAGAAGGAGAAGGGUCUAUCGAUGCCGGAGAUGGAGUCGAAAGGGCAGAAGGCAGCGGCGGAUUCGGGCUGGCUUCCUCCCCGUUGGCAGGAUCGCGCGCAGCCGACAAGAGCGAAGAGGUGGGAGGCCAGCGGGUUUCCUUCCUCUGAAACCCUAACCCGCCGAAGCUUGGGGUGGGUCGGGCUCUCAAUGGGCCGCAGCGGUUGGGCCACACCACCUGACGAGAUUGGAUGUUCUUUAGUGAUCUUCGGGCCGCGUUCUGGGAAGAAGCAAGCUGAGGGUUUGAGUGCGGGCCGGAGCUUGGUUUUCAGUGGGCCGAGAAGGAUUGGCGGUGUGGGCCAGGGAAUCCAAAGGAAGCAGUGAGUUUAAUCACCAAAUAUGGGCUUGAAACCUUGGAGAGCAUUGGGCCAAUAAUGGGUGGGCCGACUAGAGCUCUUGUGUGUGUGGUGAACUUGGAAGAAAAAGGAGAUGGAUUUAUUAAAUUGAUAGGUGGGCUCUCAAUUCAUGGGGUGGCUCCACGAAAAUUGUUUGAAGGUCUCGAGGAAUUGGUAGACAAGGAUCGAUUCUUGUACAAGGAAGAAUUCUUAAAUUCCUUAAGUUGUUGGAGGGUGAAGCCAACGGAAGAGGAGCCGUCAAAGUUUGAGUUUGUCAAGGAAGCAAAGAAUGGGCUCAUGCUAAUGAAAUUCGAAAGGGCGGCCCAACACGAGAAGGUCGGCGCAAGAGGUCUAAGUGAAGAAUUGGAGCACGAUUGGAAGAAACGAAAGCGCAGGAAAUGGAGUCAGGGUGCAGAGUGCGCGAGAAGGAAUGAAGAGUGGGUCAAGUGGUUCAACCUUGAGGGCAAGGUUGGUCUGAAGGGGGAAGAGAUGUUAGAAACCAAUUUCUGUAGGGUUUCUCUAUUUAUUAAUAUAAUUAUUAUUAGGAUAAUUAUCAAUAAGGUUAGUAGUCAUUUAAUAGAAUUAGGUUAUUAUU